UCUGCUCAAGAUUGUUACUCCCACUUCUCUAAUUUUGGCCAUUCCUGUAAAACUGAACAUUUUAAGAAACGAUGGUUUUUAUCAAAGUUGGUUAUUACCAGGGUAAAAUCUUGUUUUUUCUUCAUUUGUUUUCAGGAAUGCCAGUGGUUUAAUUGUCUUCUUUAUCACAUCCGGCACUCUUUACAAAUUCUGGAGCAGUGCGUGCUGGGAGGCUCACCUGCAAUCCCAACAUCCCUCGUGCCCGUUGUUGAUGCGCUGCAGGAAGAAGUGGUCCCCAGUGAUUGGCUGCAUCCCGAUUGUCAGCCCUCCCCCCACAGUCUUGCAUCUUGGCUCAUAGACUUAAGUCGGCGCCACAAGCAACUCAGUGACUGGGUUCGGCGUGGUAUCGUUCCGAAUCCAAACUCCGAGCCCUUAGUAGGUCGUGGUCAGCUGACUUCCGUCUGGCUUGGUGGCCUGGCCAACCCCGGAGCGCUGAUGACGUCACUGAGGCACGAGAAGGCCGCCAUGGCUGGGUGUACGGUGGACGAGGUUGAACUUCGCUGUUCAUUGGCGAAGUCUUACUUAUCACGUGACGAAAGUAGCGACGAUUUGGAGCAAGGCCUGGUGGUGAGUGGGCUGUUCAUUGAAGGUGCGUCACUGGACCUUGAUCAAGAAUGCCUUGUGGAACCAAUGUCGGCCAUAUUACAAUUACCAGACCUCUUUGUGUCCGCUGUCAUACCCGAUGAGGAGGAACCUGGGCGCGAAGAGAGGAACGAGGCAGAUGAUUUGGACGUUUAUCGUUGUCCAGUGUUUAUGAAUAGGGCUCGACAGUGUUGCUCGUUUACUUUACCCAUCAAGUGCUCCAAGACUGCGGAGCACUGGAUCUUAGCUGGGGUUGCCAUAGUGUUGGAUCCAGGAAACUUGUCCAACUCAUGGAAACUUGUGCAAAACAAUUUUUAAACCACAAUGAUUUGCAGAAUACCUGAACUUUGAAUUAUGCUUUAUAACCCGUCCAUGAAUCAUUUCAAGAAUGUUUUAGCGUUCCCAAGGAAGCAUUCACAGGUGUUCGAUGUGUAAUUUUAAUAUUAUCUCACUUACACUCCAACACGUUGUAAAUAGUUGCGAAGUUGCUCAAAAUUAAGAUAUUUAUUCUUUGUGUGCAUGCUCGUUACAUAAACCGACUGUAAAUUGGAGUUGCCUCAGAGAAUCCAAAUAUUCUUAUGCCUUUCCUGUCAUUUAGUUGUGGAACAAAUGUCAUUUUUCGGAAAACUUCGCUAACAGAACCUCGAUAUUUUUCGAUUGUUACUGUCCAACCAGAAACGUUGUAAAGGGAGAGACGUGUCAUGUAAGUUCUACAGCAUGGGUACAGUCAAUUUAUGAGGUGGGUUUCUGCCUGAAAAAGUAUUUUGUUUUCCAACCAGUAGACCAGCAUAAAAUGCCGUAUUUGUACAGUUGUGAUGGUGUGAUCGAUUUAUUCUUGCCUUUGUGUUUCUUUGAGAUAUUCUCAAUAUGAUUCCAAUCUGUGUUGGUGAGCCACAAGGGACUUGUUCAAUAUACUUGUACAGCACGACUUGUUAUGAAUAUAUUAAGUUAUUUUUAUAAAUAAACAAGUUCAUAUUCUUCAAUUCA